AUUGACAAACUCUGAAUACCUGUGGCAUCUUCAGCAGAUAAUCAUUAAUUGGAUGAUGUCGUAGCCCUGAGUCAAAAGCUUAUGCACUGAUGUCAGCUAUCCAAAAAAAACUCUAUCCUUACGGCCUAAUUGGCAAUAAACGGCGCACAAUGCUCCUGGUACAAUAAGACCCGACAGUAGCGCAAAGUGAACAGGCAACCUGAAAUUCACACAAUACAUGAUUUAUAGCCAAUACCGUGACCACACUAUGGCGAACGAUGAAAGUUCAGUUUAGUUCCCCUGAGGCAUCAAACACAGUGAAACUAAGUAUCUGACAUGAACAAAGAUAUACUGUAGAGUCAUCACAUAAAAACAAAACAUAUGGAACACAAAUAUAUCAGAAACAGAUGAGACAGCAUUUUGUUAAGACCGAAAAAGUGAUAAGUGUCUUAUCGUUUUGUAACUGUAGCACUGUGAACCCUAUGGUCACGGCCAAUAGAUUUACAGAUUUGAUUUAUUGUCGCUGAACACAAGAGGCUUCUACUCUAUACACAUUUUAUUGUACUGAUAUUAAACAGAUAUUGGGCAUUGGCGAAAUUAGUAGCGCGAGCUAUGGAUCCUUCUCUGAAUUAUCCUCAAAUCUACAAAGCUCUUAGCAUUGAUGUUAAGAAGAAAUUAAGCGAGAUAAAUAAGUGUGACGAACAGGCUACUGACUAUGCUAGUGUAGCGAAAAGUUUGGCCGUCCAAGAAUGUCAUGAGUUAGCGGCAGUCUUUUUACUGGGCAAAGCAAAAUGUGAAUUCGCUGCUAAAAAUCUGACUUCUGAAGCAUCAACAUUAUUUACAGCUGCAAAAUAUUUUAUACAAGCUGAUGACAAAUUGGUUUGCACUAAUUCUAUUAAUUAUGAGGAUAACUUAAAUUGCGCGAUUCUUUGUUUAUUAAGAGCAGCAAGAAUCUAUGAAUUGAAUGAACUUUUCACAUUAGCGACAAACGUUUACAUUUAUCUGGUGGAUACGUUAAUGAGACGAUAUAAAUUUCAUCAAUCUAUACCUUAUAUAAAACGAUCUAUAGAAAUUGUAUCCAAAGAUAUACUAUUAAGUUUAGAAUUAUAUAAACGUUUAAGUUAUUGUCAAUUAUAUAUACAUGAUUGGCCUGGUGCAUUGUAUACUUUUAUAUGUAUACAAAAUUUAACAAAAAAAGAAUUGACAUUGAAUUCAUUUGAUCUAUAUAUACAAUAUUGGAGUAUAUCUGAAAUAUUUCGAGUAUUACUUAUACUUCUAUGUAUGCCUUCCUAUAGAUUACAUAAUCUUGAUUCAUCGGAUUAUUCUUUAAAACAAUAUGAUAUUAUUGUAACUGAUGAAAAAGUUGAAGAUUUAUUCAAAUUAUCUACAUUGAAUUCUGUUUAUAUGGAUAAUAAUUUAUUUAUUCUAUUACAGUCUUUUGUGUUGGCACAUCAAUCAAAAGAUAUUUUAGAAUUAGAAUCACUUUCAGUUAUGCUUCAAUCAUUUGUAAAUUUAGAACAACGUGAAUUAAUUAGUUUAAUUCUUCGUGAAAUAAUAGUGGUUACAUCGUGAAGAAAAACAAAAUAAAUGGGUUUUUCUCUGUCAACAUAUUCAAAUGAAACAAACCUCUCUGUGUCCUACUUUGUGAUCUUUCAACCAGAAAACUCAACGGUUGUCAAGUUCUAGCAAGCUUACUUCCUUGUUCUUCUAAUAUGUAUAUGUGAUAUUUUUCUGCUUUACUUCAAUAAAGUUGAAUUAUCUCUGUAAAUUAUUUUUCAUAAAAUAUGUUUUUCAACAGAAUUUAGACUUUUCUUUUGAUCUCCGGUAUAGGAGAUGUCAUAAAGAUUGAUGAUUUUUCAAUUCAUGUCACGUACUGAUCUCAGCUAGAUAAUCAGAAAGCACUGAAUAGCUGUUUCGUCACAGUAUAAGACUUCUCAAUGGUUCACACUUACAACUAUUAGCGUUAACAGUAUAGGGUUGUGGAGACUGUUGAUUUUCAUUAAAAUUACGAGUCGAGUAAUGUUAGGCUUGUCGGUAAUGUGAAAGUACUGGAUGGCCGUUUCGUCGUAGUAUAGGGCUUCUCAGCAGUGCGUAUCCACGACCGUGUAUGCGGCGACCAAACUUGAGACCUUCGGUCACGCUCGCGAACUCUCGACAUUUUAACUACUCAGCGCACUGUUGAGGCGUUCCUUGUUAAAAUGAAACGGUCGUCCAGUGUUUCCAGGCUUUUACUGAUAGUAUAAUAGAUAGAUUGGGAAACUUUUGGUAACUUUUUGUUUCCUUCUCGAAUUGCAACCGUCUGGCUUAAUUUAAAAUUUGUGUUGACUUCCUCUUUUCACUGAUGACAGUAUACAUUUCUGAAUUAGCCCACUUUUUCUUGAGAUCCCGGUAUUUCCUCAUCUAGAAGCUGUGUUUUCUCUAAAUAACCCUUCUUAAGUUAGAGCAGAUGGAUAAUUCAACUAUUAUUUUAAGAAAAGCAUAGGCCAGUCUCAAAAAACUUAUUCAACAAAAUUAUAGGUCCUGUUGACAGAAUGUUCAAGAUUUGCUCUUCAUUAGUGAUUUACACCUCUGAAGUACUAAAAAGCCUUAAGUCACUUUAUUCUUGGUAUGAGCCGCGUCUAAAGUAUGGGGAUUAGUGAUACUACUCGGUUGUUCAAACUGUAGUAGGUUUAGUGGGAUUAAAAAUUAUUGGUUGGAGGUCAAAGUCUCUAACAGCCAAACCACCUUUUCACAAGCAAACAAGAAGGAUAUUAAUAAAGAAAAGGCAAAUGAAUAAAGUAUAUAAGCAUUAUCAAAAUCUAAAACAAAAUGGAACUCGUCACCAUACAUCAACUUCCUUGAUUAAGAGCAAGUAUUUGACAGUGCGGAUAGGAGAACUUUAUGAAAACUUCUUCGACACCUGAGAAAAUCGUCAACAUCAUACCCAAAUGAUGCGACGUACUACAGUGCAAUGUUAUGCGUGGAGGACAACUCAUAUGCAUUCCAAGUGAGGACCGGAGACAGAUAAGGCUGCCUACACCUCCCCCUCCCCUUUCUUCUGGUGGUUGACUGGAUUACGAAGACCUCCACAUCUGAGGGAAAGAACAGGAUACAAUGGACACCUGAGAAUCAAUGAGAUUUGGACUUCGUAGAUGACCUGGACCUUCUAUUCCAUAUACACGGACAAAUGUACAUAAAGACAACUAGUGUAGCAACAGCCUCUGCAUCAGUAGGCAUCAACAUUUUGACAACAGAUUGUUGUGUUAAUUGAUCGUUCAGUAAUUUUAAUCGAUAGCAUAUUUAUCCGGUUCCUCACAUUGAUGGAAUUUAAUCACUGAUCAAGUUGCAAUAUCACCAGUCUAAGUGACUCAAUAUCGUAAUGCAUUACCAGCGACAUAUUCUUUACAUAGGAAACAAUAAACCAUAUUUUAAAGACCUGAUGUUAUCUAGGAGUGAAUAUUUGGAAAACAUUAUACUUUCAGAGCUGUUAUACGCGGGAGUUAUUAUAUCUGCCUUGUUCCUUAUUAAUAUAUAACUUAAUGAUACUACCAGUUAGAGAACAGUAAAUUACAGACCAGACCAAUGUCGCGUAUACCCGUACGAACAGUCUAGAGUCUUUAUUGGUCCUGCUUCCUGUCUAGCCCGGCCUGUUAAGUCCAGAACACCAAUCUCAGCCUCUGCGAUAUAAAUCAUGUAUUUCAAACAUAUUGGGUUUAUAAACAAACCACAUCGUACCAUAAAGCAGAUAACAUUUGUACCAAGAUCUAGCCAAAAGUGGCUGUGAAUGUGGGAGAUAGUAAUUGAUAGACUGGGAUUAACUCAAGAAUGGUAAAUCGUAUAAUAGUUCAUAGGUCAAAAUAAAGCUUGUAAUAAGAACACGAAUGUGAAUAGUUUAGUUGAUUAAUCUAUGUAUGGUAUUGGUCCAUAAAUGGUUUCCAAAAGCUACCAUUCAUAAUUCUCGACGGGAUAUACCAGUGUGUUUUGCCGUUUUUGAAAUUAUCCUUGAUCUAUGGUAUAUUAGUCCAAUCAGGAACUGGCAAAUGAUAAGUACUUAUGUUUGGUCAAGAAAUACCUCUCAUUUCUAAGGGAUAUAACAAACUUGUAGUGAGGUGUCGAGUCGCGGUUGACUAUGAUCACCACUACAGGAAGACUACGUGCCACUUGAACGAUAAGAUCCCCUGUAAGCCAAAUAUCAGAAGGCAGUUGAUGACUGUAGUCGAAAUGUAUUUGUUGGCGAUCUCGUGGUAUCGAAAGAAUACCGAGAGCGUGCCAGGUUACAAGUGUGGUUACUGAGCAUAACCGAAUCCGUGCAAGGUCACAAGCAACGGAAGAAGGUAUGUAUUUUGGUACAGUUAAGCAAACAACAACAGUAAAACAAUCACUUGUAAGAUUGGUUAUAAUAAUAAUUGUUUCCAUUAAGCCAAUCGCGUUCUCUUGAUAAAAGUAGGUCACUACAAACUAAUGAGGCGAGACUAUAAUUUAUAGACGAACCAAUCAGAUAUAAGAUGGCGAGUCACGAAUUUUGGCGCGAAAUUUAUUCAUACAUUUGUCUAUAUAACUGAUGUCAGUUCGUGAUAAAAAUCCUAAAUCUAAUUUUUAAUCCUAACUAUCAACUGUAAUUGAGAAUUCUAACUGCUUUAUAACCCUCAUUUAGUCCUAAUCAGUAGGUGAUCAUUCUCAAGGUCACUUCAGUAUCGCUCAAAGGUCAUCCAUUAAUUAUAGUUUCACCAUUAAUGAUACUUAACUUUUCUUAAAGCUAUUCACAAUUGAUUGAUCACUGGGUGGUGAUCAAUGUCAUAUGUGUCAAGUCCAUCUUAGUGCAGAUCGAAUACUAUCGACCAAGUUGUAAUAUGACCACUGAUCUAGGUGACUCGACAUUGCGCGCACUAUGUUGAGAUAGAAUGGUGUUUAAAGGUAGUCAAAGGGAAACUCUUGACCUAUGUGUCGUGUUAUUUUGGCACUCAUCAGCAAGGUGUACCUGAAAUCUUUAGGGAACUGAUGGUUUUGAUCUCGUCUCAGCUAGCUUCACAGUCGAUAGGAUCCAAUUUGCACUAAAUAAGGACUUGACCCACAUGACAUUGAUCACCACCCAGUGAUCAAUCAAAGGUGAAUACAUCUCAAUCCUACAGAAGGAAGAUCGCUUCCCGGAUAGUCUAGUGGUAACGUAUUCUUAAGAGUAUAUAUAUAUAUAUAUGAAUGAGUAGACAUUCAUAUGAUUCAAUUCACUUAAGUAAACUUCCAUUCUCACUUUCCAUACUGUUCUAUUAAAUAAGUAGAUUUACUUAUAAGUAACAUGUAUACAUAAUACUUCCUUACAAAGUUAUCACAACUUACAUAGAAACAAACAAUUAUAUUAUUUAAUUGUUUAGUUUAUUUAUAUAAUACAUUAGUGUUUAAUAACAAUUUAUGAAUACCAUUAAAGGCGUUAUCAUCACUUACAAAAUAUAGUUAGAAACUAUUAGUUAUCUAAUGAAAUCAAUGAAAG